GUUUUGCGGUGGGAACCCAUCACCGUCUCAUGACCACCUCAGUGUUGUCCCACACGCACAGGAUAUUUGAUUAUGAAUGGCAGAUUAGAGCACCUUCUUGCUCUCCCUCCCUCUUAUUAACUAAACCCAAGUCCAGAUUUCUCUCCUAACACACUCUCUUUUCAUCAUGGAAGCCCUUCUCCUCUUCAUUGGAGUUGUUGGUAAUGUUAUCUCUGUCUUGGUCUUUGCCUCUCCCAUCAAAACAUUUUGGAAAAUAGUUAGAAACGGAUCGACCGAGGACUUCGAGUCGGCUCCCUACGUCGUCACCCUCCUCAGCUCCUCCUUGUGGGUGUACUACGGGAUCACAAAGCCCGACGGCUUCCUCGUUGCUACGGUUAAUGGGGUGGGCAUUAUUUUGGAGGCUAUCUAUGUCACCUUGUUCCUCAUAUAUGCGACUCCAUCACUAAGGGCUAAGACGGCUAUUUUGGUGGCGCUUUUGGAUGUGGGAAUUUUUGGGGUGGUGGUUUUAGUCACAAGAUUGGUGGCGAUCGAUGAGACCACGAGGGUGAUGGUGAUUGGAGCCAUAUGUGCAUGUCUCAAUGUAUUCAUGUAUGGAUCGCCGCUCGUCGCUAUGAAAACGGUCAUCACCACGAAGAGUGUGGAGUAUAUGCCGUUCUUCCUCUCCUUCUUUCUCUUUCUAAAUGGUGGCACCUGGACGGUUUAUGCUGUGCUUGAUAGAGAUAUUUUCCUUGGGAUACCAAAUGGAAUUGGUUUCUUCUUGGGUACUAUUCAGUUGGUUCUCUACAUGAUCUACAUGAAUACAAAGGUAUCAAAAUGCUCAGGAGAGGUAGUCGAAGGACAAUGGCAACACCAGCGACUCAUCAAGCCAGAUGGUCCAUCUGGGCAUGAUGAAGAAGAAGGCUAGACCUAGAUGGCUUUUAGCUUCCCUCUAUCUUCGAUACUUAUUUUUUAUUUUAGGUGUCGAGGGAAUAGAAUUUAACUGUUGGAUUUGGUUGUGAAGAAUUUAUUAUGGAUAUAUGUGAUUGAUGGUGUUAUAUAUUGUAGAAAGCAUCUACAUAUAAAAGAUUUUCCUUUUUUUCUUUGAUAA